AUGUAUCCAGUACGUAUAUGAUCUGAAGCAAACAACGUUGACUAUCACGAGCAAGCGAUUUUACCCUACCCUACCCUACCCUACCCUACCCUACGCGACCCUACAGUAGCAGUGUGAACAAAGUGGCUCGGCCCACUGUCUAGAUCGCGAAGCGAUCAGACUUUACACUCAGUUUUUUGGAACGGGACGACCCAGCAAGAGGUCGUCCCUAAAUCUCAAGCCAUCUAACAAGGCAGCCUGGCAGUAGGCUGUCUUGUAUCAUCAAUGUCUUAUCCCAUAUAUGCAUGUUAUAUGAAAGAUAAAUAAAUAGUUUGGGCCCUAUAAUUUAGGAAUAUAUUUAUGUAAUUUAUAAAAUUGCAAUUCUACCCUACCCUACCCUACCCUACCCUACUUUACUCUACGUUACCCUCCUCAACCACUAGUACGUAUAUUAUGACAGCAUUUUUUUAGCCGUGACAAUGUUUCACUAGAGCAAGGUGAAAACAAAAUCAACUGGUUCAGGACAAAACUUGCCAGAAGGGUUGUCAUUAAUGUUUGUUUUUUUUUAUUUUUUUCAUUUCCAGUUCUGGCUAGAGUAAGGCAAUUGAAUUUUAAUUGUAGGGUGGUAACAGAACGUCAAAGCACGAUGUCAGUGUUAUCUUUAAUGUCACCGUCGAUUAUGCCAAACACACUAACUUUGAAUAUGAUGCAAUCCUUGGUGUCAAACCUGGCAAAGACACGGCAUUCGACAAGCUAGUUUCGGUUUAUGACAAGAAUGACCAGUAUUUGCUUUUGGUACCAGCAAUGAUAAAUGUAUGUACGUAGGGUAGGGAAUUAUGGGGUGGAGGCGGACAAAGAUUCGACAAAGAUAAGACCAUAUAUGCCAUUUCAGGAUGACACCAGCAAAGCCAAAGCCUUUUUGGGCGAAGAACCAAGCAACGUUUGUGGUGAAUUCAAUCUUGUCGAUUCGAAUUCGAACGUUUGGACAAAUGACUAUGUGUAGGUUACUAUUCCUAAUAUAAUACUAUACUCAGGGUAACGUAGGGUAGAUCUGGUUAUAUCUCAAGUCAUAUAACCCAUUUCCAGCCGCAAGGUCCAUAACGUGAACAUCACGUUCAAAGUUACUCCAUCGUUCGACUCACAUUUCAUUGUCAGUUCGAAAGGCAUCUCUUUGCUGGGAGACCACUUAAUUACCAAAAAACAAUACCGUAAUCUUCGAAAAUUCAACGUUUCUUACGGUGGCGUUGACUUGGAAAUUAAUCCCCAGGAUGCUUACAAGCAUAUAACUCAAUAUUAUGGUCUUGAUGCCUUCGUACAUGACGACUGUGGGUUUGACUUGGGAUUGCCAAACCAUGUUUUCGAAAAACAUUGCAUCAAAAUGGCAAAAGACGGCAAGAAAUACAAGAUUGGCUUGGCUGAACGAAAACAAGGAUAA